AAUGGAAGAUCUUCACGAGGAUAUAUCAAAAAAAAUUCUCUCACACAUUCCUCGAGAGUCGGUCUUAAACUGCAAACUUGUUUCCAAAACUUGGAACACUCUCCUCUCCAAUAGAAAGCUGGAAGUUGGUAUUCUUUUCUGUGUUGCUUCAAAUCGGGAAAGAAACAUUCAACUUCACAAGGGAUAUUAUGAUGAAAUCAUUACGCUAACUGAUGACGAUCAUGAAAAUUUUACGUAUAGAACCAUCGAGAAAAUCAAGCAUCCCGUCAUCAAUAAGAGAAAAGUCAUAGAUAUCAUGGUUGGUUCUUGCAAUGGUUUGGUUUGCUUCUUAGUACCCCAUCAUCGUGUGGAAGAUCCUGUCUACAUCUGCAAUCCAAUCUCUGGUGAAUACGUUAACCUUCCGAGAAUAAACAGCAAGAAAGGCCUCAUAGUAAGCGGAUUCGGUUACAAUUGCUCAGCAAACAACUACAAGGUUAUCAGAAUUCACUAUCCCAAGAAGUUGAGUUAUGCCUACCCUCCAAGCCCAGGACAGGUGCAGAUAUAUUCCCUGGGAGGUGGUGACAGCUGCGGAUGGAGAAAUCUUGGAGACAUCAACUAUUCGUUGGCUUUCAAUGGCACCCUUCUGAAUGGAUCCCUUUAUUGGUUGGAAUGGAUGGACCAGAAGAUUGUUGCUUUUGAUUUGGCAAAUGAAAAUUUUCAAUUGCUACCAACUGCACCACCAUGUUUCGUACGUGUUAAGUACGGUUAUUUUCGUCUCGCGGUGUUGGGUGGGCAUUUGUGUUUUGUUCAUCAUAAGUGGGAGGAGGGUGUGGACAUAUGGUCCUUCAAAAAUAGGCAGACAGAUAAUUCUUCUGGUGAUCGGGAGCAUGAAUCUUGGAGCUGGAGUUUGGAGUUCAGCGUACCAUUCCCAUACCUAGUUACCGAACACGAUUUCUAUACACCGUUUUCCCUCACAACGAAUAAUCAAAUUCUGCUUUGGUUCAAUCACAAGACUCUUUGCUGUUACGACCCGAAAAACAAGAUAUUUAGCAAAAUUUUGGUUGGGAAUUCUGGAUUGGAUUAUCUUCGAGGAAUUCCACACGUUAAUAGCUCUGUUUCAUUGAAAGCUCUUGGGGUAAAUUCUAAGAUAAGAAAAUGA